AUGAAGCACGCAAGGGUAGACGUUGCCAAGUUAGGGCUGCAGAAUGCUGACAUUCGGGCCCUAGCAGCAGGGCCAAUCGUACAAUUCUUACACGCUGGAGAACUUGACGAACGGGAAUGGGAGACCGUUCUACGAAACAGCUCAGUAAUGCAUGGCUGGUAUGUUGAUAUGCAGACCAAAAAGAUUAAACAGGCCCCUAAGCCAGCCUUCCGUCUACUCCCGGGCUUGAAUAUGCCUGCAGAGCUUACUGCGCUCCCUCCUUUACUGGGUGAAAAGAUGAGAACGACAAAACCACUGCUACCAGGAGUUGAUCCUCAAUCCACUGGGUAUGGUGAACCAGCGGCAGCUACAGGAGAAGAGGAGCCGCAAGGAAGCGGAGAAACACCCGGAGCACCAGGCGAAGGCCAAGACGAAGACGAAGAGCAAGAUGCGGAAGAUAAAGAAACACAGCCCACAGGUGAUUCAGGGGUAUCUACGAAUUUGAUGAUGAGCAAUGAAAGCCUCUUGAUUCCAGAGAGAGACUCUGACCGUCAAACCGUCGAUGAUGAUGAGAACUCUAAUCAUUCUCUGGAGAGCGCACCAGAGCCUGUCUCUGCUUCUCAACCUACCCCUCCUUCUGGAUCCGCCUCUGAGACUGCUCCUGCUUCUGUUAAUGCCUAUCCACCACCGAGGGACAACAAAGCGGAGCGUCUCCCCUCUUUCCCAUCCUUCACGGUCAACGAUAAUUCAAAGAUCGAGUUCACAGUGGCCCACCAUGAGAUUCAUGUAUCAAUGGCCAAGAAUAAUUUUUCAAUGAAUGGCUUCGAGGCUGCUGCCUCUGGUAGUUUCUUUGGUGUUUCAGCUAGGGCCAGUGGAGGGUUCACUGAGGAGAAAGCAACAGGCUCUGGAUCAGCCAACGAUAACAAAGAGCGAACAAUGAUUGCUGGAUACAACUUCCCAAGAGCUACUCUAUAUCUACGUCCAGAAGACCUUGAAAUUACGCCAGAGCUGAGGGAUGCCAUUGCCAAACUGAGCGAGCUCCGUAAGCUGCACGAGAUGUUUGGUCAUCUAUUCUGCCAUGAAGUCAUCUUGGGUGGUUCUCUGCAGACCACUCGGACUACUACAUCUUCUGAUCAGCAGACGUGGACCACCGAAAAGGAAAAGUUCAAGGCAGAGGUUGGAGCGUCACUUGGAUAUAUGGCUCUCUCAUCUGCUUGA